GUCAUUAUGAAACAGGUAAGAUUGCAAAUGAACUAUCAGGUGAUCAAAAUGCCAAACAAAUUCAUUGUUUUUGUGAUGUUUUCUAACAUUCCCUUGUACAAUCACUCCUCAUCCCAAAGUAAAUAUUGACUAGUGAACCACGGUUCCGAUCUACGCACUUCAACCAGAGGUCAGCACCACCAAAACAGCUGAAGCUGUUCUGUCCGUCCAAAAUAUUUAAUAUCUGGAGUUACUGGUUCAAACAUUAACGUCCCUGAGGGUCAGAGUUCUGUAUAAGUACUGCAGCACUCUGUUAGGAGAAUUCAGUUCAAUAGGGAAGAAAUAAAUCUAUAGCUAUAUAUCUACACAAUAUUGUUCUUGUCAAACGUGCUUGAGAAAAAAACAGAAACUACACCUGAAGAAGCCUGAAGACAACACUUAACGAUCCAUAACUUUACCUGAAGACUCAAAAUCUCACUUGAAGAUCCAUUACAACACUCGGAAGAUUCCUAACUACACCUGCCUAGAAUAUUAUUCCUUAACGUGAAGUAUCCAGUUUCACCAUGCUUGGAUUAUAUGAGAGGUUGACUCUGUUGGCGGCCGUGUCAUCAUCCCUCCUGGCCUCUCUGUCCCAAUGUUCCCCAUUGGUAGGACCGGAGCCAAUCCGCUGUGCCCCCUGCACCCAGGAGAAUCUCAACGAAUGCCCUGCCAUCUCCACAGACUGUCAGCAGGUCCUAAGGGAGCCAGGCUGCGGCUGCUGUCUGGCAUGUGCCCUGGAGAAGGGGGCUUCCUGUGGGGUGUACACGGCCCACUGUGCAGAAGGUUUGAAAUGCAGCCCUAGACCUGGGGAUCCCAGACCCCUUCACUCGCUCACCAGGGGACAGGCCAUCUGCACCGAGGACCAGGGACCAGAGGACAUAGAGGGGGUGCCGGAUCACAGGUCCUUGCACUACCUCCUGGGACUCAACACGCCCUUUGAUCCCAGAGAUGAGGCAGCCCAGGAGAGCAUCAAGGCCAAGGUCAAUAGCAUUCGCAACAAACUUGUGGAUCAGGGUCCCUGCCACACUGAGCUUCAUGGAGCCCUGGACAGGAUAGCCAGCUCUCAGCAGAAACUAGGAGAGAAGUUCACCACCUUCUACCUCCCCAACUGUGACAAGCAUGGCUUCUACAAGGCCAAGCAGUGCGAGUCCUCCCUGGUGGGACCUCCGGCCAGGUGUUGGUGUGUGUCUUCAUGGAAUGGGAAGAAGAUCCCAGAGUCAAAUGAUCUACUGGAGGACUCUGAGUGCCAGCAGGAGGUCACUCACUAAGUCGUGGACGCUCUGACACACAUUCCCCACGGAUGCACAUGCAGGCAUAUGCACACAAACAAUCAUUUACACUCACACACAUACACACACCCAUGGACACAUAUGAAUUAUUUUGGCCUCAGCUUGAACACCAUUAAACACAUACGUAGGUGUCAUCAGACCAAGACACACCCGCAUCCACCAUAUAUAUACACUAUAGACCUUCUCAUACACUUACAAAUACGCACUCAUUCACAUAAGCACACAACAUAACAUUUUAUUUCCGAAAAAAAAAUAGAAAUUACUCUUAAUUUAUUUACGUGACGUAUCACAUCUUAUUUAUUCAAAAUGUGUAUGUGCUUACUAGUAUGAACCAUUAGUAAUUUUUAGAUUAUUUAUAUGUUUGCCUAUUUUUUGAUUGUAAAUAGGGCAACAGUGUAUACAUUUGUGUUUCUGACUAAAUAACUCCAUCUGUGAAGACCACAGGUCUCCGGCUCUGCCAAGCCAAGUUUAGGGUCUUCAGAAUCUGUUUUUGAUUCAUUCAACCCGUUGGACCUGAGCACUGUACGUGAAACAACACAGCUAUUCAUUCAUUCAACAUGUUGACAGUGUCGGAAUGUAUUCUCAUUGACAUUUCCUCAAUGGGUAUCGGGGAAAUACUUAAAACACCACAAGUAUGUGCCUGGCGACCAGGCACAAACAUAUCACUGCUCAUCCAAGCCACUGUUUGGUUUUGGGUGAGUUUUUCUGUCUUCAUCUACCUCCAUUGGUCUGCAGGUCUUCUGGUUUAGCAGAGGUUUGUUGGGACAUGUCUUUCUCCCUGCUGUCUGCACGUACACCGCCCUUCCCAUGUGCUUUCAUUGUUUUGUUUGUUUGAACAUAACUUUUUAUUUUGAUUGACAUAUGGUUUCAUCAUAAAAUGUCUAUAUUUAUUAUAUUUCAUGAACCGGUUUCUGACAGUUUGUUAGAAAUGUGUAUGAGAUAUGCUGCUAUUACAUUUUUGGGUUUGUCUGGAAUCAUGUACAUGGCCUAUGUAUGUUACUCUGUGUAAUAAUAUGCUUUUAAUAAACAUGUUAACCUCAA